UGUUUUCUCUCUCUCAGUCAGUGUUGAGAAGGCAGUAGGAGCACCAGUGAGUGUCGGCAUUUACCUGUCAAUAUACGGAAUAACAUUACCAGUCUAACAUUGGGAAUAUUUAUAUUUUCGACUAGCAAACUGCAAAAGAGCAUCUUCACGGUCCAGCCAUGGGCAUGAGCUUGGCAGAGAGAGGGGGAUUUAAAUGUCUCUUUCGUCCCAGCAGCUUCUUUUGAUUUCAAGUAAACGGUGCAACCGAGCAGAACCGAGCUGUGUUUCUUUGCACAUUCCACCGAUACGAAAGUUGUUGUGAGUCGGUUAAGUCACUGCAGCAGCUUUACAUAGGUGGUUUAUUUCGUUUUUGUUUAUAUUUUGGGAGUAUUUGCUUUUCCUGGAGAGCGGAGGUGGAGAAGUGAAAGCGGCUCACCGAGUCGGGACUGACCGCUGGAGUUAGUCCUGAAAAUGGAGGCUGUUAUCGAGAAGGAAUGCAGCGCUUUUGGAGGACUUUUCCAAACUGUUAUCGGAGACAUGAAGAGCGCUACAGAUGGAGUUAUGUACUCAAAAAAUAAGAGCAGCUACCCUAUCUGGGAGGACUUUAUCACAAAGGCCGGCAAACUGCAGUCGCAGCUCAGGGCGACGGUGGUUGCUGUGGCGGCUUUCCUCGAUGCCUUUCAGAAAGUGGCCGACCUGGCUACCAACUCACGUGGUGGAACCAAAGACAUUGGAUCAGCGCUGACCAGGAUGUGUAUGAGACAUCGCAGCAUAGAGGCCAAACUCAAACAGUUCUCCAUGGCCUUCCUGGAGGGAAUGAUCAACCCUCUACAAGAACAGAUGGAGGACUGGAAAAGAGGAGUCAACACUUUGGACAAGGACCAUGCUAAAGAGUAUAAAAGAGCCCGGCAGGAAAUUAAAAAGAAAUCCUCGGACACACUGAAACUUCAGAAGAAAGCAAAGAAAGGUCGUGGAGAUAUCCAGCCGCAGUUGGACAGUGCCAUGCAGGAUGUCAGUGAUAAAUACAUUCUGCUGGAGGAGACAGAGAAGCAGGCCCUGAGGAGGGCUCUCAUCGAGGACAGACAGAGGUUCUGCUGGUUCGUAGGCCUGCUCCGUCCUGUAGUGGAUGAGGAGAUUUCUAUGUUGGGAGAGGUCACCCAUCUCCAGGCAAUCUCUGAUGACCUCAAAGCCCUGACUUCUGACCCCCACAAGCUUCCCCCUGCUAGUGAACAGGUGAUCAUGGAUCUUAAGGGCUCAGACUACGGUUGGUCUUAUCAAACGCCGCCCUCAUCCCCCAGCACCACCAUGUCCAGGAAGUCCAGCAUGUGCAGUAGUCUGAACAGCGUUAACAGUAGUGACUCCAGGGGAUCCAGUGGCUCUCACUCUCAUUCUCCUUCCUCCUCUUCUUCCUCCUCUUCCUCACACCACCUCUUCCACCACCAUCACCCCCGUCAUCGGUACCGUAGCUCCACGCUACCCCAGCAGGCCCCGGCCCGGCUCUCUAGCAUCUCCUCCCACGACUCGGGCUUCAUCUCUUCAUCCCACGACCAAUACACAACGUCCAAAUCAUCCUCGCCAAUGGCAGCCGAAACAAAGCCUUGUCCCAGCUCCAGGCUCUCUGAGGUCUCAGAGACUGGGCAGCUCCACAGUGACUGCAGCUCCCCCUCUCCUCUAGCUGCUGCUAGUGCACCUCAGCACGAUACUGACAAGUUGUCCAACGGCUUUGACAGCUACAGUCCAGCUCAUUCCCCCUACAUUCAUAGCAACGAGGCGAGUUUGGGCUCAGGGUCAGGCACUGCCUUCUUCCCUCCUUCAUCCCCAUCCCACACCACCUCCUCCUGCCCCACUCGCUCAUGGUCUCGCCCUGCCUCUGCCUUGCUGCCAGACCACCCUCAAAACUGCACGCUGGGCUCCACCAUGGUGCCUUCAUCACGAGUCCCGAGCUGGAAGGACUGGGCUAAACCGGGCCCUUAUGACCAGCCUAUGGUCAACACACUGAGGAGGAAGAAGGACAAGGGGACCCCUACUAUAGUGGACAGUAAUGGUAGUUUGAGUAAUAAUAGCAGCUUGGCAUUGACAUCUACCUCAGCACCACCUCUGGCUGCACUACAGACAUCUGUAUCCAUGGAGGAGAAGAACAGAACUGUAGCUGCACAGCUCAAGGCUGGUGAACUUGAGGCCCAUGAGGAGCUGGCUCUGGCUUUAGCCCGAGGUCUGGAGCUGGACACCCAGAGGUCCAGCAGAGACUCCAUCCAGUGCUCCAGCGGCUACAGCACUCAGACCAACACCCCCUGCUGCUCUGAAGACACCAUACCUUCACAAGUUUCAGACUAUGACUAUUUCUCGAUGGCUGGAGACCAGGAGCCUGAGCAGCACUCUGACUUUGACAAGUCCUCCACCAUCCCCAGGAACAGUGACAUCAGUCAGUCCUACCGCCUCAUGUUCCAGAGCAAACGGCCCGCCUCCACCGCCGGCCUGCCCAGCACACACACUGCGUACCAUGGACAGGGGUCUUACCCACAGGGGCCCUACCCCCCCACACCUAUCCACACUGGGGCUUAUCCUGCUACACCUACAGGUCCGAGUUCAAGUCAAGGAUUUUAUUCUGGAUCCAGCUCCCAUAAUGCCUCUGGCUCCUACUCUACGGACCGCGGUCCAGUUAUUGUCACCCCUGGUACUGCCACAAUCCGCCGCACCCCCUCUUCAAAACCCUCCUCCCGCCGCUCAGGCUCAGUUACGGGCACAGGCCCCAUCCCCAUUCGUACGCCCGUCAUCCCGGUACAAAUCCCUACGGUGCCCGACCUGCCCAGGGCAGUCAAUGGGAGCAGGGCCUCAGAGGAGAGGGGAAGGGGAAAAGGAGACGUAAACCCAGAUUCUCCAACAUUUGCGGGAGUGGAGGGCGCUGGCACGCGGCCUGUGAUGUCCUGGAGCGGUCAGGCUACCACCAACCCCCCCACUGCACCACUUGCCCAGCUGCAGCAGCAGGGAGGAGGAGGAGAGGAGGAAGAGGAACAGUCAGAGGGCAACAUGCUGAUUGCCAUCCGCAAAGGGGUGAAGCUCAAGAGAACCCUCACUAGCGACCGCUCUGCACCACGCAUCGCAUGAUGACACAAGAAACACGAGCACAGUUAGGCUUUAGGAAAAACGUUGCUUAUAAAAAUGCAAUGUACAGAAUCAAAAGGCUUCUUAUGCUACUAUGAGAAAUGUAUCACACCUGUUCUACAUGUAGCCUUUCUCAUUCUGUAAACCUUCCUCACUGCAGAAGCCACCUAUAACGAUUAAACAUAGAAAAAACAUAUGCUAUUGUUCAGGUUCCCAUUUUCUGAUUUGGCUUAAGAUGCCUCAGAAAUUGUGCAAAGCAAAGUUUGUUAAAAUACUGGUUUGGACCUGAAAUGCAUCCCAUGCCUACUUGGUGAUGAAUCCUUGUUAAAGUUCAAUAACACCACACAAGCCUUUACGGGUACAAGGUAAGAUCUACUUUCUCACAUAGGGCCUGGAAUUAAGGUUGUCGCCCUAAGCACUAAAAUAUUCUUUUGCAAAACCCACAGCUUUUUGCUGACAACACAAGUACAGAGUAGCAUUACACCACAGUACGUUCAUUUCUUUAAGAGGACCGUAAAGAUAUAUUUUGUAUCCAGUAUGCUUCCUGAAGCUGAGGGCUUGACAAGGACAAUGUGUCUGCCUCUCCUCGGUGUAAAAAGACACUGACUAUGUGUAAUCUCAUUGUUUAAGAGUGCGUUGUACCAUUGCGGGACAAAUAGGCAUUCUAACUGCCUAGUGACUUGGCAGAAGGAGCACAAUAAUCAAGCAAGUACUUCACAGCAUCAAGAGAGAAAUAACAGACGCACAAGAAAGCAGUGGUGGCUUUGAAAUGCACCAUUUGGCACCUCCUGAAUUGUAUUGACCGCUUACAUGGAGGGACGCCCUGAUGGCUGUGUUAAAGCUGUCCACUCACAAAGGAUUCAAUAUGUGAGAUGUCCACAGAGCCAACAUAGGCAGGGGAAGAACCAAUACAGACAACCUCCAAAAGGAAAGGACCUGCGUUGUGUUGCAGACUGAAAAUCAUCUAAGCCAAAGGUUUAGGAGACUACAGUGUGACUAAAGCGUCACAUGGUUGAUGCCGUGACAUUAACAGACUCUAUAAGUGACGUCCUGUUUUAGUUGUUUUAGUAUUUACAUGAUUUGUAAAUAUUUGUGGACUUUAGUCAGUGCUUCUCACUCUGUAUUUCUUUCUGCUCCUCCACACUGCCACAAUCAAAACAUCUUAAAACCGGAUGCUCAUUGAACAUAUGAUCAUCAAACCCUAUUACCUUAAGGAUAUGAUUUCAUUUUAUUUUUCACUUUCUUUUUUUUACAACUAUGAAAUCAUCCUUGAAUCUGCAGUAUCUACAUGCUGAGCUUUGUAGAAGUCCUCAGUGAUUUGUGUUUAUACGUAUAUUAGCAGUUAUAUUAGCCCCUUCUUUUUUGUAGCAUUUAUUAGCCAUAAUGCAAUUGUACUAAAAAGUAUAAAUAUGCCAUGUCAAACUCAAAGUUAAAUAAGGAGGACAAAUAUUUGCUGAUGUUCUGAAAGUUAUGAGUAGAAAGCUGUUUUCAUGGUAAUGCCAUACUGGUUUUUAUUUGUCUGGUUGCUGUUAUAGCUAACUCUUUGUUGUCUUCUUUGGAAAGCAUGUAGCGUGCAUGCUUUAUUCCUUUUGUUAAUAAGGUUUUCAUUCAAUUCCAAUUUGGGUGUUUUCAGUUUUUGCAGUAGCAUCACAGGUCCAGUACGUACAGAUUGUAUUACCCUCAAAACUAGGAAAUCGCAUCCCAAUCCAUUGUAUUGGUUUAGAAAUGUCAAUUUAGGUGGUACAAUUUAAAAUAUUUAGUUUUUAUGCUGACAAUAAGAUGCAUUGGAGAUAUGACUGCAGACUAUAGGCUGACUAGUAUCACUCAGGAUCACUGAGCCUGUAUUUUCAUUUUCAUUUCAGUUCAAUCUCGGUGAGACCAUGGCUUCUACAAGAUGUAGAGAUGUUAUUUAGCUCUACAGGUUAUUCCAAGAACUCACACAUUUUUUAUUUAUUUUUCUUCUCAGUCUUUAAAUCUCUUGUUUUCUCAACCUAUUUUUAUACAUAUAUAAAAUAUCAGAGUAGUUGUUUACUCUAUCUGUGCAUGUACUAUCUGAUGUGUUGUUUCAUCAGCUAAAUGUUCUCAAUACCGUCCUGCAGCGAUUCAUUUAAGUACCAUAUUUCAGUCGCACGUCAUUUUAAUGAUAACAUAUGGUUUGAAAGUGAACAGUUUUGGUUUGAUAAUGGAGAGGCCUGCAUCAGUGUUAUGGUUUCACAUGUUGGGAACGGAAAUGUUUGCAUGAUGCAGAGCUGAGUCCAGUUAAGCAUCAGUUUGUUCAAGAUGGGCAUCUCCUUCACAACAAGUGUGCUUCAAUCAUCAUUUUAUGUACACAUUUAAAAAAUAAAUGCAUUAUUUUAGAGCGAAGAAGCUGAACUCUGGCUUAAUCUGACCUGACAUCUUGCCAUGAACUUCAGUUUUUUUUCUAUAUUUUAAGAAGUUUUCUAAUGUAACAUAAUUGUACAAAAGGAGACAUGAGAGCAAAAGAAGGGAUGACAAAAGAAAGAUAUCUUAAUUCAACCCAAAGCAGGGGGACUUGGUUAACAUAACACUCAGUUCUUUAUAUUGUUGAUGAUGUUUAUAUUUGUGUUGUUUUGUUGGCCGUCCACCUGUCUAAAACUUAUGUUAUCGACUUGUAAUUUCCAUAUUUAAAUUACUAGCAUAUAUAUAUAUAUAUUAUAUCAGAGUUGCCACAUGCCAGUAUAUCCUAUGAAUAAGAUGUUUAGAGUUUGUGAGGGUUUGAAUAAACAGUUCAAACUCGUUAAUAGUUUUUAGCUUAUUGUCCCCCCCCCCCCAGGAGAGUUGACCUCUCGGUAUGUCCCUGUACAGUUUAACAGGCUAAGAUGCAGUUUGUCUCCGGAAGGAAAAGGUUGUUAUUUGUUGUGUAAUGACAGCUUUAGCAAUACAAUAAAACAUAUACAUUUUG